GAAUUCUAGAAAUUCAGAAUGUCCGACGAUCAUGACUACGGUUUUAAGGGCGAAUACGCGAAGAGCGAUCGAUCUUCAUGUAAAUCGUGCAAAGAAGGAAUAAAUAAAGACACACUGCGUCUUGCAAUUAUGGUUCAGUCAGCACACUUUGAUGGGAAGGUACCCAAUUGGUUCCAUGUUAAAUGCUUCUGGAAGCGUGCUCGGGUGAAAGACGUGUCGGAGAUCCAUGGAUAUGACGGUCUCAGGUGGGAGGAUCAAAAGAAACUAAAAGAUCAAAUAGGUGGGGCUAGUGCUGGAGGAGGUGGUGAUGCAGGUGGCGCUGCAACUGGCCCUAGUGGGAACUACAAAGACUAUGUUGCUGAGUACGCAAAAUCUGGAGCCAGUACAUGUCGUGGGUGUAAAGAAAAAAUUGCAAAGAAUGAAGUGCGUUUAUCAAAGAAGGAUUAUACAAGCUCUCGUGCCGUAAUGUAUGGCCCCAUGGACCAGUGGUAUCAUGUUGACUGUUUCGCAGAUGCAAGAGAUGAACUUGAUUUUGAUACAACAAUGCAGCCUGAACGAAUGCAGUACUUCAUCAGACUGAAGAAAGAAGACAGAGACUACAUCAUCGAAAAACUGGGAAAGGGAGACAAACGCAAGGCAUCUGCUUCUGCCAAGGGAGCCACUCCUGCCAAAAAACAGAAGAUCACUGAAACUCCAGAGGAAAAAACACUUAGGGAACAAAGCCAGCUACUUUGGAAGAUAAGAGAUGAGUUAUCCAAGAGUGUAUCCAACAAUGCCAUGAAGGUUCUACUGGAAUAUAAUAAGCAAGAUAUCCCACCUGGAGAGAGCAGGCUUCUUGAUCGUGUGAGUGACUGUAUGGCGUUUGGGGCCCUUAAACCAUGUACUGAAUGCAAGAAAGGACAAUUGGUUUAUGGAACUGGGGGCUACAAGUGCUCGGGGAACAUGACAGAAUGGACAAAGUGUCUCCACACAACACGAGAACCCCAAAGGAAACCAUUCAGAGUCCCUAAAGAAUUUCAUGAUGUAGAAUUCUUGAAAAAAUAUAAGUAUGUAGAAAGAGUUAGAGCCUUUCCAAAGUUGACAUCUCCGAGUUCGUCCCAGGCAUCCUCUAGUGCAUCAUUUGAUACCGUGGACUCUGCAGGGGCCUCAGAAAAGCCACUAUUCAACAUGAAGUUUGUGAUUAUUGGAAAAACCUCACUGUCGAAAAAUGAGAUAACUGCAAGUAUUGCUAAACUAGGUGGUACUGUUGUCUCAAAGAUUGACAAGAAAAUAGUGGCUUGCAUCAGUACAAAAGAUGAAGUUGCAAAAUGCAGUAAAAAGAUCCAAGAUGCCAAAAAAGCAGAUGUUCAUGUCAUUUCGGAAGAUUUCAUAAAUGCUGUUGAAAAAGGUGGCGCUUUAUUGAUGAUCCAGCAGCACAGUAUCGCCUCCUGGGGAUCAGAUCCAAUGGAGAGAAUUGAAGAGAAACCAGUUUUCAAAAGUCUUGGUAAAAGUUUAGUUGACAAAAAAUCAGAAGCGCAGUUUACAAAGAAUGUUGCGACAACAAUGAAGAUGAAAGUCAAAGGUGGCGCUGCAGUUGAUCCAGAUUCAGGCUUAUCUGAUAAAGCUCACGUCCUGAACGAGAAAGACAAUAUCUAUAAUGCCAUAUUAGGAAUGGUGGACAUUGUAAGAGGAACCAAUUCGUAUUACAAGCUACAAAUACUAGAAGCUGACAAAGGUACAACGUGUUGGGUGUUUAGAGCCUGGGGUCGUGUAGGAACCACUAUAGGAGGUAACAAGACAGAGAGAUAUAGCUCUAAGGCAGGGGCUCUAUCACAGUUCCUUACAUUAUACUCAGAAAAGACUGGAAAUGACUGGGAAGACAGGAAAAAUUUUGUGAAACAUCCCAACAGAUUUUAUCCUCUUGAUAUUGAUUAUGGAGAGGAUGAGGUAGAUGAUUCAAAAAAUCUUAAACUGAAAUCGAAAUCAUCCUCAAAACUUCCAGUUUCUGUACAAGAUCUUGUUAGAAUUCUUUUCGAUGUGGAGCAGAUGAAAAAAGCCAUGUUAGAAUUUGAGAUUGAUUUAAAGAAGAUGCCAUUAGGCAAGAUCUCCAAGUCCCAGAUUGAAAAAGCUUAUAAAGUUUUGACUGAACUACAAAAUCUAUGUGAGAAAGGGGGAACACCUACCAAGUUCCUGGAUGCGUCCAACAGGUUCUAUACCCUAAUACCACAUGACUUUGGAAUGAAGAAGCCACCUCUGCUCGACAGCUCGGAAAUCAUCAAGAAAAAGACCGAGAUGAUUGACAACCUGCUAGAAAUAGAAGUCGCUUACAACUUACUGAAGGGAGGAUCAGCAGAGAAAGACCCCAUAGACAACCAUUAUGAUCAACUUAAAACCAAAAUUGAACCGCUUGAUCAUUCCUCUGAGGAGUAUCAGCGCCUCUUGCAGUAUGUCGCUAACACACACGCAACUACGCAUAAUAUGUACGACCUUGAAGUACAAGAGAUAUUUAAAGUUCAAAGAGAAGGUGAAGCGAAACGGUACAAACCCUUUAAGGCAUUACCGAACAGGAAGUUGUUAUGGCAUGGGUCUCGGUCUACUAACUUCGCUGGAAUCCUGUCCCAGGGGCUCAGAAUUGCACCCCCAGAGGCCCCUGUUACUGGCUACAUGUUCGGAAAGGGUAUCUAUUUUGCUGAUAUGGUGUCUAAAAGUGCUAACUAUUGUCGAACAUCAAAAUCAGAUCCCAUUGGCCUGUUAGGUCUAUGUGAGGUUGCCUUAGGAAAUCAAUAUGAACUGAGAGGAGCUGAAUAUGUGACUUCGCUUCCAAAAGGAAAACACAGCACAAAAGGUCUUGGUAUGACGUGUCCCGACCCAAGUGAAGCAUACACGACACCAGAUGGUGUAGAGAUACCUAUGGGAAAGGGAAUGUCGGCCCCUAUUGGGAGAUCCAGCUUACUUUACAACGAAUUCAUUGUGUAUGAUGUAGCCCAAGUCAGCUUCAAAUACCUACUCAAGGUCAACUUCAAGUACAAGUGGUGAAGUAAAAGUAAAAGUGGUGAACUGCAAGUACAAGUGGUGAAUUUUGUGUACAAGUGGUGAACUUAAUGGACAAGUGAUGGACUGAAAUUACAACUGGCGAACUUAAUGUAGAAGUGAUGGACUGAAAAUACAAGUGGAAAACUGCAAGUACAGGUGGUGAAUCGCUAGUACAAGUGGUAAACUGCAAGUAAAAGUGAUGAAUUGCAAGUACACAUAAACUGGAUUUUUGAAGGCCCAAGUGUAAGAUGAACAACAAGUAACAGUAGUGAACAAGAAGAACAUGCCACCUUUAGUGAAAUUAAUAGACUUUUAGUACACAGGAGAGCUCAUAAUGAACAUUAAGUGUGUGUGGUAAUUUUUCUCAACAAAUCUACAAGUUGAAGGAGUGAAAAUUUGAAAUAUGAGACCGCAGACUGGAUUGAUGGAAAAGAAUUGAAGCUACAAUAAUCAUGACAUGUACAUGCAUUCUGUGAACAAUGAACAUGUGAUUUGUCUUUUGAACUUUUUGUUAGAUAUAAUUUCAGUCAGGGAGUUUCAUGCUUGUUGAAGAAAA